CAACAAACGAGUGGAGACUGCGGUAAGUGAUGAGCGAGACGAGAUGCGUGGGCUUCCGUUGCCUGGACCGGGACGAAUGCUACCAUUACGAUGAGAAACUAAAGAAGGCGGCAUUCAUUCAUGACGGUGAUACCUGCGAAAACUCACAGGGGGACACGCAGCACAAGUUCCGGUAUCACAGCCAGAACGGCGAGAUGCAGAUGCUCGACGCGGACGAAGUACAGGAGCUCAUGAAGUGCACGUACACGAGCAAGCUCCUCUUCCAGCGCACACAUCUGCUGCGUAACUAUGGAUUUUGGGGCUUCUCGGCCUUGGCGAACGAAUUUGAUCAGUUCGCAUCGCUUGGCCAAAGCACCGUCGAGGUGUCGCCGAAAGUGGCAAUCGGGCACGUCUCGCUGCUGAGUCAUGUCGAGGAGAAGCCGCUCGGCUUGUUUGCAGCCGAAAAUCUGGCCUGCAACGAGUUCCUGGGCGAGUAUACUGGAGUAAUUAAGGUCGGCGUCAGCGAGAUGAACGAGUUCGAUCCGUACGGCAUCUCGUACCCUUCCGUGUACGAAGGAGGCGAUCUCUACGUUAGUGCAAGCGAGUACGGCAACAUCAUUCGUUGCAUUAACCACAGCGCCACACCCAACGCUCGCUUCGUGCCAAUGGUGCACAACGGCAUCCUACGGAUUUUCUGCUUUGUGCUCCAGGAUAUCAAGCAGGGCGACCAGAUCUUCGUCAACUAUGGGCCGUCGUACUGGAAGUCCACGGGGAUCGAGCCCGUUGAAUUCCACGAACAAACUGAACCAGUUCGAGUACAAUAAACCUUUUCAUUCCCGUUUACAUAAGGGUGAGCCUCACCGUGAGGGGUACAAGGACCAACGUGGAUAGUAAGCCAGUUAAUCACUUGAAGAGGCUACGCUAAUACGCAGAGCUUAGUCCUCAAUCUCGACGAUGGCCUCGACUUCGACAGCCACGUUAAGGGGAAGAGCGUUGGUGCCGACAGCCGAGCGGGCGUGGAUGCCCUUGUCUCCGAACACCUUGCCGAUGGUGUCCGAGGCGCCGUUGAUGACGGCCGGCUGCUGCGUGAAGCCGUCGACGCAGUUGACGAAGCCCACGAGCUUCACCACACGCUUGAUCUUGUCAAGGUCGCCCACCUCCUCUGUAUAAUCAAUAGAAAAAAAGU